AUGUUCGUAAAAGCUAGCACUGAAUGCCGCGGCGCCACCGCCGACGGCUCCACCCUGCUCUUGCACACCGACGACGGCGGCGACCUCGACUUUCGGCUCGGCCGCACGCACCCGCGGGACGUGAGGAAGCCUUGGCCAGUGCUGCGCAAGCGGCCGCAGUACCCUCGCGAGGUGUCUGAUCGCUCUCCCACAUAUUCGCCAGACAGCCUCGACGCGACUCUGCCCGCCGACCUCCUCGACCGCUGGCGAUCGGCCGAGUGGGCUGCCAACCAGACGAUCGGAAAGCUCGUGCUCGACCCGUCAAUAGCGGUGCUGCUUGGCGUUGACCCAGACACAACGCGAACCUUUGGUGCCCUCGAGGGCGCGUAUGCCAUCGUCAAUGAAAAGCAGGUGGCCAUCGUCGAGAGCACCUGCGAGGUGGCGCUAGCGCUCUGCGCCACCGCUCGCUGCGCCGUCGACCUGAUGGGCCACCUGGCGGUGCGGGACGGCUUCUACGGCGAGGACGGCUCCGACGCGGCAAAGCCGUUCGGAGGCGAGAACGUUAUGGUGGCCGACCCCGAGGAGGGUUGGAUGCUCGAGGUGUCGACUCUACCUCCCGACGUUGCCGCGGGCGCGGGGGUCGAGGGCGCGGACGGCGGCUACUCUGCCGCGUGGCGGCGGAUGACAUGCGCGGACGGCGGCUACUCUGCCGUGUGGGUGGCCAAGCGUGUGCCUGACGGCCACUUUGCGAUGGUUGCGAACCGCUUCACGAUCCGCGACGUGGUCGAGGUGACUCCGGACGAGAGCACGCGGAGCACGCUCGCUUGCCGCGGGGAGGAGGUCCGCCACUCGUCCAACCUCUUCGCCCUCGCCGAGCACAUCGAGAGGCACUCCCUCAACCCGAUGCCCUUCGAGAGCCUGCCCGCGGGCGCGCGCAAGCUCGAGGGCGGCGGGCUGCGCGUCACCGAUUGGGCGAGGACUUUUGGCUUCUUCGUCCGGCCCGACUACGCCUCGUACACAAACGGCCGCAUCUGGCGCGUCCUCUCCGUGCUCGCUCCGCAGGGAGAGUGGCGCUGGCCGGCGGCGACUCCCCUCGCCAACGAGUACGCUUGGUCGCACGAGCCCUCCCGCCCGCUGACGGCCGCCGACAUCCUCGCCCUCGCGCGCGACGUCUACAGAGACGUCGCCGCGCCGGGGCUCGACGUCACCCGCGGCCUGGCUUCUGGACCGCACGGCGACCCCUCGCGGUACGACGAUCCGCAGUACGGCACGCCCGGCGGGGGUGCGCUCAGCGCGCAGCGCCACCACGACCUGAUCGCUGCGCUGAUGACGCGGCUGCACGACGGCUACCUGAUCGAGCCCCACGCGCCAAAGCUGCAGCUGACCAAGCUGUGGUACCCGAGCUGGUGGCUCGAGCGAGUCGGCUUCUACACCCAGGAGGCGGAGGCCAUGCCGCCGCGAGAGGGAUUGCCCCAGCGCACGAAGGAGGAGGCGCGCCCGCGCGACAGCUACCGAGCCGAGUGGCCCAAACGUGCCGCGCCCACCACCAAUUUGGCGGUGUCGCCGGUGCAGAGAUCGCCUGGCAGGCCCGCAGCAGCGGCAGCCGCAUCAGGCUUGCCGGCGCUGACGGUGCUCGUCGCGCUGGCCUUCGCGCUCGGCACUCUUGUGGGCUCCAACAUGCAUCGCCGGCUCACCCCGGUCGGCAGCUUGGGUGAGCCGCUUGUGCGCGCCGAGGCCGAGGUUAGGGUGGGAUUUGGAGCAGUUGAUUAG